AUGCAUCCCCGCACCGUCUGCAUCAUGAAGACCAUCUUUGCUCAUACUGCACUCGUCGUGUCCUUUAUCCUUGGCGCUGCGGCCGCCUCAGUUGUUGACAUCCCGGUUGAUGGGCCGGGUCGUGUCCCAAACCCUGCACGCUGCCCCAAUGCGCAACUGGUCGACACCAAGUACAUCGACGUGGCUGGGGACAAGGUCACGUACGCGACUUAUUCCUGCGACCACGGCGACGCUGCCCCCACGUCCUCGGACGCGCUCGCAAGCCGCGGCAUGUCGUCUCUGACCACCUUGGCAACGAGAGACGCGACCGAAUGCACGGAGACGCCCAACUGCCGAUGCGGACAGACAUGUGUCGCGACGUGCAACGCGAACACGGUCAAUGCGCCGACGCUCUCGAACUGUCAGACCCUCACUCAGGCUCUCAAGAUUGUAGGCACCAACAACGGCAUCGGCCAGACCUUCUUUGUCGAUCCCGGUAACUCUGUCUUGUUCUUCUUCGGCGACUGUGGCUUCGAGUGGGACAACCUCAACAAACAGACGCAGAUCGAGUACUGCUGGGAUGAUUUCGCAAACACCGAGACGACGCUCUACACCGUCUGUUUGGGUCAAAGCAGCAACAACAAGGGUGGAUCGUGCCUGUCGGUCACUGAUGACUGGCAGCUCUCAUUCGAUUUCGUUUAAAAGUCUAAAUUGGCUCCUUGGGUCGCGCUUCCAAGUAUCUCAUUGGGAUAUUGUUCUUGAUGGAUGAAGCUUCAGUAAUUGUAAUUCUGCUUGAUGGCCAGAUAUAAAGACAAGAAAA